CCAAAGCCGUCGCCCCUCGCCGCCCGCACCUCUUCAACUUCACGUCUUGACCACGUCCACCUCGCCCCCCUGCCCCCCUCCUCUUUCCAGUGUCCAGUCCUCGGCUCCGGCUGCCGUGCCGCCUGACACAGCCACGCACUGCGGCGGCCGUACGGGCGCUAGGGUUUUCCCUCCACUUCGGCCGCGGGCUCGGGAUCUCGCGCCGCACCACAAUGCAGCUCACGCGCCGCUGAUCCCGGGCAGGCCUCCAUCCUGACCUCCUCCUCCCGCCGCCGCCGCUUCUGCUGCAGCGGGCAGCCGCCAUGGCGCGGCGCCACGGGUGGCAGCUCCCCGCCCACACCCUGCAGGUGGUGGCUAUAACAGUGUACUUCUUGCUUUGUAUAGCAUUCUAUGCUUUCUUCUCUCCAUUUCUUGGGAAGGACUUGUAUGAAUAUAUUGCUGUGGGUAUUUAUAGUUUUCUGGCCUUAUCCGUGCUGAUUCUAUAUGUUAGAUGUACUGCGAUUGAUCCCGCUGACCCUGGCAUCCUGAUUUCCAUGGAUGGCACACUAUUUUAUAAGUCAGAAGCACCUGGAGACACUCAAGAAGAAGCUGGUAAGCCAGGAUUGAGAAACGGUGACAGUGAGGACAUCCAAAAGCAUAAAUCAUGCUUUGGAAGGUUUUGCUUUUGUUGCGCUAUAUUUACAACUGGGGACUGUCGUGAAGAGGAUGAAGCUAACCAUGAAGAAGAUUAUGGUGAAGAGGCACUCUUUUGCACCCUUUGCAACGCGGAGGUGCGCACACAUAGCAAGCACUGUCGAAGUUGCGACAAGUGUGUUGAUGGGUUUGAUCAUCACUGCCGGUGGCUGAACAAUUGUGUUGGAAGAAAAAAUUAUAUCACAUUUUUAUGCCUUAUGGCUGUGAGUCUGGCUUGGCUUGCUGUUGAGUGUGGAGUUGGUAUUGCUGUUUUUGUUCGUUGCUUCACUGAUAAGACAGCCAUAGAAGAUCAGAUUGGGGAAAAGCUAGGCUAUGGUCUUUCACGAGCACCCUUUGCAACCAUUGUGGCCCUGGCUACAGCUCUUUCUAUGCUUGCUUCAGUACCACUAGGAGAACUAUUUUUCUUCCAUAUGAUAUUAAUCCGAAAGGGCAUAACAACUUAUGAAUAUGUUGUGGCCAUGAGGGCUCAGAGUGAACCUCCUGGACCUUCUGUCAUUGAUGACCAACAAAGCUUGGCAUCUUCUCCAAUGAGUUCUACACCAACAGGUUUUAGUGGGAGCUCGUUUGCACGGCACUACAAAGGCGCAUGGUGCACUCCCCCACGUAUCUUCAUUGACCAGGACGAAAUCAUCCCACACCUGGAGCCUGGCCGAGUUCCUUCAACUAUUGACCCUGAUACUGCAGACCCAAUGGAAAGAACCAAAACCCAUCCUAAACGUCCAGUCCGCAUCAGUGCGUGGAAGCUUGCGAAGCUCGAUUCAAAUGAGGCCAUGAAAGCCGCAGCAAAAGCCAGAGCCUCUUCGUCCGUGCUGAAACCUAUCAAUACCCGCAACCAGUAUGAGGCAGACAGUGAUAACCUCAGUACCAGAAGCAGUGCCAUAAGUGCUGAUACCGGACACCACAGGUAUUGCGGGAAUUCACAGUACAGGCCCUCUUAUCCACCCAGCAGAGCAAGUGCAGAUGACAUCGAGCUGUACCCCCAGACACCGAGCAGCUUCCAGAGCAACUCACGGACUCCAACUCCUCUAGCCGAGCACCAUCCCUCCAAGCAUUUCAACCCAAUCUACCAGACAUCAGCAAACAGGUCUCCAUUCUCAGCAAAAGCAAGCGUCAGUGAAGCUCCUAUCUCUGAAGUCACCAAUGCAGGGAGAGGGAGGUCCUACCCCCCACCACAAGCGGACAGAUCCUCCCGGUCAUCUGUUUACUGGGAUCAGGAAGCUGGCAGGUUCGUGUCUGCGCAGGCAAACCAGGGAUCCAGCUCUCGCUCUGGCCAUCCUGACCUUCUAUACACCGGGCAGUCUAUAUUCUUUGGUGGACCUCUGAUCGCAGACCCUGCAGCAAGAAGCUUCAGAGAUCCUGGUGGUUCGAGCCAAAGGUCUGCCGGGCCUCGGCCGCACCAGCUCCCGGUGUUCGAUCCCAGUAACCCCCAGAAAGAUCAGCUGUCCAGGUUACCGUGAAAUACUACUAUAUCAAAAUUUUUUUGGAGUAGUCUUCCGAAACACAUGUUUCUCUGCUCGAUUAUGAAUGUAUAGUAGUUCUUAGCAUCUGACAGAUUAGUUCACGAUUUUUUGUAUCGGGUUCAUGGAAAUUAAGAUCAAUUUAGGCACUAGCAACCAUAAACAGAGUUAUGGAAGUGAUGAUGAGUAGGAUAACGAGGGUACCCCUAUUGCCAGUUCUAAUAGUGAAGUGAAAAUGAUAAGGAUGUUCAGCUACCAAA